ACAGCAGGCUCCGUGUGAACCGGGGGAGAGGAGGGAGUGCUGUGGUCAAACCCACCGCGACCUAAACAGCAGCGAAGGGGUGAAGAAAGAGCAGCAGUGCCGUUGCCGCCGCAGCAGCAGCAGCCCCAGCUGCAGCCCCGCUCCCAGCUGCACGGGCUCUCCGCUAGCCUAGCUCCGGGUCGUCGUCUCCGUCUCCCUCCUCCGUCCCGCUGCUCCCGCCGCUCCCCCGCCACGGCUCCAACAUGAUGAAGUUUAGGUUCCGUCGCCAGGGCACCGACCCGCAGAGAGAGAAGAUCAAACAGGAGCUUUUCGCCUUCAACAAGACCGUGGAGCAUGGAUUCCCCCAUCAGCCCAGUGCUCUGGCCUUUGACCCCAAACUGCAACUGAUGGCCAUUGGCACAAAGUCUGGAGCCAUAAAAAUCUAUGGAGCCCCCGGCGUAGAGUUCACAGGACUGCACAGAGACACCACUGCUGUCACGCAGAUCCUCUUCCUGCCUGGUCAGGGUCGCCUUCUGUCGCUGCUGGAUGACAACACGAUUCAUCUGUGGGAGCUGGUCACCGGGCCGUCAAGAGAGGCAGGAGGGGCUAAGAAAGAGGGCGUCGUCUCCUUCCAGGAGGUCAACGAAUAUUGCCUCCCAGGAAGACCCGGCAUCGAGAGCUGCAGUGCCACUCGGGUGACUGUCCUCCUCUUGCUAAAGUCAUGUGACCUGCUCUGUUUGGGAACAGAAGGCGGCGGCGUGUACUUCCUGGAAUUGCCCCGCCUCUGGCUGCAGGAGAGCAGGACGCUGCUCCAAGAUCAGGUCACUCAGAGCCUGCCGGAUGACUACAGAUGUGGAAAAUCAUUAGGACCAGUUGAGUCUCUUCAGGAACAUCCUCAGCAGCCAGGGAAGAUUCUGAUUGGCUACAGCCGAGGGUUGGUGGUCUUGUGGGACCUGAGCACCCGUCAUGCGGAACAGAUGUUCCUUGGCAAGCAGCAGCUGGAGAGUCUGGUGUGGGAGCGCUCUGGAAACUUAUUUGUCAGUUCCCACAAUGAUGGGGGCUAUUCUGUGUGGGCUGUUGCUAGCGGCAACACCUACAACCACCAGCCAGUGUCCUCCACCAUCCCAUAUGGUCCAUUUCCUUGUAAAGCGAUUAACAAGAUCCUGUGGAGAACCACACAGACGGGUUCACCAGUGCUUUUAUACAGCGGAGGGAUGCCGAGAGCCAGCUAUGGCGACCGCCACUGUCUAACCAUCCAGCAGGACAAAGAACACGUCACUCUUGACUUCACAUCGCGAGUGAUUGAUUUCUUCACUGUUCACAGCGUAGAGCAGGAGAAAGAGUUCGACGAGCCGUCUGCUUUAGUCGUGUUACUUGAAGAGGAGCUGGUUGUGAUUGAUCUGCAGACCCCCGGGUGGCCCACCCUGCCCACUCCCUACCUGGCUCCUCUCCACUCCUCUGCCAUCACCUGCUCCUGCCACAUCUCCAGCGUCCCUCCCAAACUGUGGGAGAGGUUGGUCAACGCUGGCAAAGCGCAGCAGGGCCGGCAUCAAACACACAGGAGCUGGCCAAUAUGUGGAGGAAAAAACGUGGCACCGCCAGCCAAACAACAAGAGCUGCUACUGACAGGGCACGAGGACGGCACAGUGCGUUUCUGGGAUGCUUCAGGCGUCGCUCUCACCCCACUGUACAAACUCGGCACGGCCAACGUCUUCCACACGGACUGUGACCCCGGCGACGACCCCCACGACACCAGCAACGACCCCGACAUGCAGCAGGAGGAGGAGUGGCCUCCCUUCAGAAAGGUGGGCUGUUUCGACCCAUACAGUGACGAUCCCAGACUCGGCAUCCAGAAGAUCAGCCUGUGCAAAUACAGCAACAAGCUGCUGGUGGCUGGGACAGCAGGACAGGUGAUCGUGCUGGGUCUGAACGAUGAGCGUUCCGACCACUCGGUGGACGUGUCAGUGGUGGACCUGCUCCAGGACAGGGAGGGCUUCACCUGGAAGGGCCACGACCGGCUGGAGCCGCGGCUGAAGACGGCCCCCUUCCCCCCGGGCUUCCAGCCGCAGGUGCUGGUGCAGUGCCUGCCCCCGGCCUCGGUGACGGCGGUGGCGCUGCACGCAGAGUGGAACCUGAUCUCUUUUGGGACGAGUCAUGGAUUUGGUCUCUUUGACUACCACAGACGUAAUGCUGUUCUGGCCAGGUGCACCCUGCAUCCUAAUGACUCUUUGGCCAUGGAGGGCCCCCUGUCCCGGGUCAAGUCCUUGAAAAAGUCGCUACGCCAGAGCUUCAGGCGCAUACGGAAGAGCAGGGUGUCCGGGAAGAAACGCCCCAUCGCCACACCCACCAGCAAGGUUCAAGAGGCCAACGCUGCGUUAGCAGAGCAGGACGAAGUAGCUCCCAUUCAGCGACGGAUCGAGCCGCGCUCCGCAGACGACUCGCUGUCCGGCGUGGUCAGGUGCCUGUGCUUCGCAGACACCUUCCUGCGGGAUGGUACACACCACGGCCCCACGCUUUGGGCAGGCACCAACUCGGGGAGCGUGUACGCCUACGCUCUGGAGGUUCCCGGCGUCGGGUCGGGGCGCGUGUGCGAGCGGGGAGGGGCGAGUGAGAGCAGCACGAGUGUGGAGGCGCUGUUGGGGAAGGAGAUCCAGCUGAUGCACAGGGCUCCCGUGGUGUCCAUAUGCGUACUGGACGGGCGGGGGAAGCCGCUGCCAGAUCCGUACGAAGCCUCCCAGGACCUCUCCAUCGCACCGGACAUGACCAACGCUCACUCUGUCCUGAUCGCCUCAGAGGAACAGCUCAAGGUGUUCUCUCUUCCUAAAGUGAGUGCUAAGACCAAGUUCAAGCUAACGGCACACGAAGGCUGUCGGGUGAGGAAGGUGGCCCUGGUCCUGUUCAGCUCCACUGCUCAGGAAGACUACAGCGAACACACGCUCGUCUGUCUCACCAACCUGGGAGACAUGCACCUCUUCAACGUACCAGCCCUGCGACCACAGGUACGUUACGACUGCAUACGCAAGGAGGACAUCAGCGGUAUCGCGUCCUGUGUGUUUACCAAGAACGGACAGGGUUUUUACCUGAUCUCUCCGUCAGAGUACGAGAGGUUCUCCCUGUCUGCCAAGGUCGUGACCGAGCCGCUCUGCACUGUUCAGCUGGACCGAUCACUAGACACCACCUUUGCCAGCGACGGUACGACGACGCAGCCGCAGGCCAACGGCACCCACAAGAACCAGGCUGAAGGGCAAACGUCGGAGCCUCCCAGCAGCCUGUCCUCUCCCAUCCUGGACAGCCCGCUGGACUCCCCCCUCAGCUGUGCUGACCUCACCCUGGACUCCACCGGAGAGCUCACCGUGGAGGACGUCAGGGACUUCCUAACUACUGUGGACGAGGCGGAGAAUAAUCUGAAGAACAUGAAAGAGGAGGAAGGACGAUCGACUGGCAUCCUCAUCAACUGAACAGGGAGGGGCUCGGCUGGUUUUGAUGGACCGGAUUUCAGUGCUGGACCACAAACAUCUCCCAUCAGUCCACCGUGGAGCCCCCGCAGCCAGCACUCGUACCUCUUCUGUCAGCCUAGCACAAGCUGUGAGGAAAGUCCGACGUGAAUCCUCCCGCUGGAUGAAGACAAACAAAAACACUAAACUUUUGAUCUGUAUCCGCUUUGAAAACCCGCCAUCGCCUCUCUGUGCGGAGAUGUGGAAAGUCCAGCGAGCAGAGCCCAGCGUGGCGUGCGCUCGGCGCUGAUGCUGCUGCGUUCAGCCCAGUGACUGUGGCCCAGCCCUCGGGAGGGCAGACUUCCUUUACUGUCACUUUCUUCUUUUUCUUUUUAUUCUGGCUCCCACAGUUUGGUGCUACACUGCGUGAGGUUUGCGCAGAGUUGGAACUGGUGAUCCAAACGCGCUUCUUGAUUUCUGCUGCACACUUGUGGACGUGAUGGAUUCUAUUCAUGUCAACGUGGCAUGAGUCAUUCUCAUGUGACUUUAAGCAAACGAUGUAGUGUUGAAGGAAGAAAGAAAGACGAGCAAAUGAAGUAUCUUGAAAGUCGUAGCAUCUUUACUACUCCUUUAGGCACCAGCAAAGACCGCUGAUGGCUCGUCUGGGUGUAACAACAGCACAUCACCACAAGGGUAAGAGAAUCUCUGGCUGGUUUAAAAGAAAAACAGAGUACUGGAACAAUGAAGGUGUUUUGUAAUACAGAUUGUUGCUCUAUUGAAUAUGUUUUAUAUGGCUGUUUGAGAAAGUAUAGAUAUUUUAAUGACAGAGAAGAGGAAAGAAUAUCACACUGUGACUUAAAAGGGAACCACCACCUGGAGAGGAAGAGACAGGGUGGUACUGACAUUUUUCUUUUUGUUUUUAAUCCGUGCAACAUGCACGGGCUGAUCUCGUGCGGCAGAGCCUCAGUGUCCGCUCUGAAACCAGGCAUCUUUGGGACCAGGUGGCGUGCGAGCCGCGGCAGCCCGUCUGCACAGCUUAAAGUCGUUCCAUCAUCAUUUUCUGCUCAAGCUUGAUUUUUAAAAACCCAGGAUUUAAUGAAAAUAAACUCAGAAAAAGCAGUUUGAAUGUGCAGAAAGGAGUCCCCACACGACUCCUCCCUCUCCUAGUUUCAUCUUCUCACGCAGAAAUCUAGACAGGACUCAGGAAAGUGUUGCAAGGUAAGAAAAGUCGGGUAGAAAUGGAGCAUCGUCGGCAAUGUCGCCGACACGUAGAGUUUGGAACCCAGUUUUGAAGUUUUCCAGUACGGGAGUGACAGGUUUGCAGCAGGAAGCCGGCGAGAGCCUGAAAAUGAGCUUAUUGAUCCCCACCGAAAACUUAAAAGGACCUCACUAACUAAUGUAGCCUCAACAGGUAGGAAUCAUAUUGAUUUACUUUAGUGUCCACAUCUUGGUGUUCGGGUGGACCUGCAGAAUUAACCCUUUCAUGCUACAGCCAGCACGACUUAGCUUUUUAAUCCCACAACUGAGAUGAAUGUCUUGUUUGUCAUUCAGUUUCACAUGUAGAAAUUUGUUAAUUAAGUCAUUUAGCAUUCUUGGCUGAUGAAUUGUCAAUAAAAUGUAUUUACUCAAA